CAUAGUGCUUCAUUGCUGCUGCAGUUGUCAUUCUAUUGUGCAUCACUGAUCAAUGCACAGCUCAAACUACUAACUGCUCUGCUCUGGCCAGUAAUGGUGACUGCAGUUUCUAUGAUUGCUUGAGUACCAAAUUCCAGUGCACUGCUAAUGAUUAUCCUCUUGCUUAUGGCAAAAAGUAUUGUCUGAGGUAUACCAGCAGAUCAAGUUGCUUCUCAAACGCAGGUCAAGCAUGGAUCACUAAUGUCCAUAGAUGUUUGAUGCAGUCUAUUGUUAACAGUCCUCUCUAUAAUGAUGAAAGCACUACUUGUGACCAGUUGAAGACAUUUGCAUUUGACAGUCAUCCUAAAUGUUACAUUGAUAAUGGGUUUUGUACAGAUAUAUUAUUAUCAGAUCAAUGUCAGAACCUUGUUUGUAUUGGAAAUGAAGUAUUUACUGAUAGAGACUUUUAUAGCAAACAAGCAAUAGACCAAAUUACAAGAACAGCUGCUUCAUGCUCCUCCCGUAUUUCUACAUUCCUUCUUGAUGCUCAUGAGUGCAGUUUGAAUAGUCCUGAUCAUGCUCUUGUAGCUGCUAUACGCAACUAUUUAGAUUGUAAUGAAAGAGCUUUUGAUUUCAUUAUUAUACUGGAUUCAUCUGGAAGUAUUGGACCCACUAACUUUCAGAGAAUGAAAAACUUUGUGGCUAACAUAUUGCUGUCUAACUUUACCAUUGGACCAAAUGACACUCGAGUUGGAGUUAUUCGUUUUGCUUUCAGUCCAACAAUUGUUAUCCCAUUAGGUUCCAUUAAUACUUAUUCACAAUUGGCUACUGCUGUCAGAAGCAUACCAUACAUUGGAAGAGGAACAAACACUGCUGCAGCUUUGAAUUUACUAACUACAGCAUUUACUACUGCUCGUGUUAGUGAAGGUAUCCCUCGUGUAGCUGUUGUUCUUACUGAUGGAAGAUCUAAUAAUCGUUCAGCAACAGUACAAGCUGCUCAAGCUGUCCAUAAUGACGGUAUCUAUGUUUAUUCCUUUGGUAUUGGGGAUGGUAUAAGCUAUCAGGAGCUAGUUUCCAUUGCUUCUAGUGGUCAAGGGAACGUUUUUAAUGUCAGUGGUUUCUCAUCUAGUGAUUUUGGGGGUGUGUUGAGACAGUUACAAGUAUCAACAUGUUCAACUCCAACCAUAUUGGAGACUGGAAUGGAGAUUGCCACUACCAUUCCAAAAGGAUCAUCUCGUUUGUUACAGUAUGAGUUUCCAUCAAUGGGAAUGACACUAAAAAUUGAUAUUACAGUGGGAAAUUUGGUGGUUCACGGAUCGUUUAGUGUACAAAAUCCA